UCCUCGCCGCAGUCACCUGCCUUUGCGCGCACGUCUCGCGCCCCGCCGCGCCUCGGCCGCGGCCGCCGUUCCCUGCCUCGGCCGUGCCUCGUGCUCCGCACACACACGGCAUGCUCUCGUUUGCCUCCUCCUCGCGCGCGCCUGCCGCUGCGCCGGCGCGGACAAAGCGCUCGCUGCUGUGCGCCAGCGUCGCCGCGGCGUCAGCGGCGCUCCUCGUGCUCGCGGCCGCCGCGGCGCCCAUCGCGCGCGCCCAGGGCCCGACGCAGCAGGCCGACGACCCCGUCACGCUCGUCGGCACGUGGAGCUCGGGCAGUGGUGCAGUCUCGACAGGUCUGCAAUUCUACAAUCCGGGCAACAACAGCUUCACCGUGCCCGCCACUGCCGGGCAGUCGUACAGCUUCACCGAGGAUGGCUUCUGGGAGCAGGCGCUGUACAUGUUUACCCCUGAGCCGGCCAAGCCGCAAUGCGCCACCGUGCAGCUCAUCUGGCAGCACGGCACGUACACGCAGAACAGCAACGGCACGCUCACGCUCAACCCGUUCGAGGGCGACGGGCGGCAGCUGGUGCAGAACAGCUGCACGAGCACGUCGAGCAGCAUUGCCGCGUACGACCAGAAGGAGAGCAUGACGGGCUUCAACAUCCGCCUCGAGAUGCACUUUGGCGCCUCGGCCUACUACCUGCAGAUGUACGACUUCGCAGGCGUGCCCAAGCCGUGGCUGUGGCAGACGUACAACCCGCCGCAAAUGCUGCCGACGCAGCAGUUGCACAAGAAGAUCAUCGGCUCGCUGAACAACCGCUAGUCAUGCGGUCGUGCGGCGUGUCUCACCUGGACUUGCUCUUCUCCGACGGCCGAGCAUCGAGCGUGCGCAUGCGCGCUGCCUGCUCUGUCCCAUGUGUCCGCAUCUCACCACCGGCUCCCGCCUCUACACGCCUCCUUCCUCUCCACUGCGCCUCUACUCCAGGCUUGCAACGUUGUGUUACACCCGUUGGCGCGUGAGCACUCUGCUCGCCGCCACCACCGCACUGGCACUCCUCGCCAGUCGCAACCCCACUGCCUUGCACCACUCCCUCCAAUGACGACGCCCUCAUGACCUUGCUGCAAUACAGACACCCUGUACAGACGCG